GGAUUCAACAGCAACAAUUGCAUUGCGUAGAAAAAUAAAGUGCUAAGGCAUUCAAAAAAGUUCUGCAGCAAACAACAUUAUUGAACAGCAUUAACUAGCGCGCUAAUAUUAACAAAAUAAGCAUUCGCAUAACAAAAGCAAAUUAGUCCUACAAUUCACCUGUGUCACCUGUGCGUUUUUUUGCUUUGUUCUGUAGAGCCUGCGAGUGUGUGUGUGUGCGUUGCGUGUGUGUGUGUGUGUUGGUCACUGUGAGUGCGUGUGCGUUUGUGCGCGUGCCGUAACGUGAAAUGGCAAAGAAAACGUACGAUUUGCUUUUUAAACUGCUGCUCAUAGGCGAUUCGGGAGUUGGAAAAACUUGCAUACUCUUUCGUUUCUCAGAUGAUGCCUUCACAUCAACAUUUAUAUCAACCAUAGGCAUCGAUUUCAAAAUCAAAACAGUCGAACUGAGGGGCAAAAAAAUCAAAUUGCAAAUAUGGGAUACGGCCGGCCAGGAGAGAUUUCACACAAUUACCACCUCCUAUUACCGUGGAGCGAUGGGCAUAAUGCUUGUCUAUGACAUAACGAACGAGAAGAGUUUCGAGAACAUAGUCAAAUGGCUGCGAAAUAUAGACGAGCAUGCAAAUGAGGAUGUGGAGAAGAUGAUAUUGGGCAAUAAGUGCGAUAUGACGGACAAGCGAGUGGUCAACAAAGAGCGCGGCGAGGCGAUUGCUCGGGAGCAUAGUAUACGAUUUAUGGAAACAUCCGCCAAAUCAAAUAUAAACAUUGAGCGCGCUUUCUGUGAACUUGCCGAGGCCAUAUUAGAUAAAACAGCUGGACGCGAAUCGGCCGAGAAUCCCGAACGAGUGGUCAUCGAUCGCGGCAAUAGCGACAAGGCGCCCGGCUACAACAAAUGUUGUGCGUAAUGUGUGGUGGGGGGGAGGGGUGGCUAUGACACUGUUAGUUUAACGUUCAAACACACGGUUGCUUUUGUGAUCUACACAUACAUACACACACAUACACAUACCCAUAAAUACAAACAAUUGCUAGCAAUAUGAAAAGAGCACACACAAUUUCAA